AUGUCAAGUACUGAUAUUGUUUUUGACAAGAUCCACUUCAGGCAUGACCCGAAAUGGAGCGGCCGCCUGGGGCCUGCAGAGGGGGGCGGGCUGCUGCUCUGUGUGGCCUGCGUCAUUGAAAUGAUGGAAAGUGAAGAUAUAGCGUCCGCCAGGAAGUCUUUUGCCUUGUUUGGCAUCAGCGGGGUGCUGAAGUGUUCUCCGGGGGCCCUGAGGGAGCUUUUUCGACAGGACAACACAGUCUCUCUGCGUUUUACAGCUUCUCUACUGGGGAUGCUUCACACCGCGGAGGACCAAGCCACUCUGGAGAAGGUUGACCAAGUGCUGGUUCAGCUGCUGUUGGAGCUCCAGAGCGAGCUGUCGUACCGCUUUGUUUUGGACGAGAUACACAAACAGCUGAGGGACCAGCUCGGCGUGAAGGGCUUCCUGCCCACCUUCAACUUCUUGGGGAACCUCGUGAAAGCAGUCCCCAACGUGGCCCUCAGUCUGGUGACUCAGUAUGGGCCCUUGCUGGAGCACCUGUGCUCGGCCCUACUGUACCCAGACGAAGCGCUGAAGGCUUCGGUGCUUUACGUGUGGCUCAAACUGUUCGGGACAGCCGGGGGCUCGGCGGCUCAGUCUUUGCCCGUUGCCAUCAGGGACAGAGUGUGUGUCCUGUUGCUGCAGACCUUGGCCAAAGCCAGCUCCCCCCAACUCAUCAAAAACUCUGUCGGCCUGCUGUGGUUGCUGGUGCAGCUGCCAGAGGCAGUGUCAGUUCUGAUGAACGGCAAUACCGAUCAGACGGUGUGCCGUGAGAACCAGAACAUCCACACUGAAGACGAGCAGAUCCUCGGCCAAAACCAAGAGCAACAGUCCCCCGACCAGUACCCUCUGCCUCUCAUGCUGAAAAAGUUGCUGAUGAGUGGCGAUGAGAUGUUGCAGGUGAUCAGUGCGAGGUGUAUCGCAUCCGUCCUGGUUCAUUCCCAGUGCAGCGCUCCCUUCAUCAAGGCUGACAUACCUGCGUUUCUGUUCGACCGUCUGGCCAGUAGUCGUAGUGAGGUGCUGCUGUGGUCCGCCUACAGCUGUUUGGUGCUACUGACUGAGGACCCGCUCUUCUUCUCCCAGUGUCACUCGGUCUACGGUGUCGAGUCCCUUGUGCGCAGUCUGAACGAGGCUCUGCAGCUGACCAACCUGGAAGUGCCGAAGCAAGGUCUGCUGCUCCUUACUGAGAUACUGGAAAGGCAGCCCCCGAGCGAGCGCCUCUUCCCCAGUGGUUCAGGUUUCGAGGCGGUUUCGGAGGCUGUGUUGGGUGGAGUCUCCUCCUCCUGCCUGCUGGUAGCCACACAGGCUGCCAACGCCGCAUCAGCCCUGUUCAGACUGAACCACCAGUCCAGACCAGUCCAGUACGGGAAGAUAGAGGGGUUGAUCGAGGCCAUCACUAACAGAUUCUCAGAGCUGCCCCUACCCUCUCCUGCUCAUCGUCGGAGCUCUAGGAGUCUGAAGAAGUCAGACCCUAACAGCCAGGCUUCCAGGUCCGAGGGGUUUCUGCUCCAGUCCCUGGUCUGUUUUCAGGCUGCCUGCAGGUUGGCCGUGGAGUGUUCAUCAGAGCCCGUUCUGAAGGAGAACACGUUCACAGCUCCAUCGAAACACAGCCAUGCUCAGGACUCACUGGAGUCUCUUUGUCAAUGUCUGCUGCGCUGCUGCGACUCCGUCUGGAUACCCACCAUCAUUAGGGUGUGUGAGCAUACACCCAACGCUCAGAUACUGCAGCACUUCUACUCCAUCCUAUUCUCCCAGUUCACCCUGCUUCCGUCCUUCAUGCCCGUCUUUGCAAAUAAGCUCGCGUCCUCUGGUUUCUACAGGCUGCCUCUGGAACACAAAGGGCUCCUCUGUGCGGGGAACAGGCACCCAUACCUGAAUAUAUCCUGCUGUGAGUUUCUACAGAAACUCAGUAUGUGUCUGCUUUUUCAGUCAGACCCUGGCUCCUGUCAGCAUGAUGUUGAGGAGGUGGAGAAUCUUCUGUUCUACAACCUUCCCUCUCUGUGUUGUCGUCUGUCAGACUGGCCCUCUCUGCUGUGUGAAGCGCCGGGCCUCCAGCUGUGUGAAUACAAAGGGCCGCGGGCCACCCAGUACUGUCUGGUGAUAAUGCUCCACCUUGCCCUGGAGCAGGGAGACAGACUCCUCCCAGACCCGACGGUGUUCUCCAGUGUGAUGUGGCUGUUGCAUUCGGUGCAGGCGCACGGCAGCAGUGCUCUGCCUCGCUCCGUGCUCCGCUCUGCCCUCUACCUGCUGGCCGUGACGCAGGACAAGAGCCCCAACCUGGACGGGGCUUCUCUGAACUGCAUCAGCAAGACGCUCUCCUCCUGCCAAAGCUUCCCCUCCCUCUACAUGCACCACCCUGCACUCCUCCACUUCAUCUGGCGAUAUCCGGAGCUAGAAGAGAAAUACGGAGCCCUGGUCCUGGAGCUCUGGUUGACCAAGCAAGCUCAGCACAGAGAUGCAGAGCAGACCACGGAGACGGGAGAGAAACCUGCAGACGAACGACAGGAUCAGCAGCCGGACACGGAAACUGUGGAGCUGCUGACUCUGAUAGAGAAGUGGCCAUCUGUCAUGUUGACCCUCCUGAACAUGGUUUGCAACAGGGAGGCCAUCCUGGCAGGACGAGCUCUGGCAGUGCUGGAAGUUGUUCUUCGUGGUCAAAGAGACUAUGAGGCUGACUUGUGUGCACAUCUCAGGCCAGCCCUGCUGCAGGCCUUACAGAGGCUCAGCGUGGACAACAUGGGCCACGGGCUUGGACAGGGACACACUGCACAGGCAGUGAACUCACUCCCUCUGGUGCUGAAGCUGCUUUGUGCGACGCAGGCCAGUGACCCGCCUUCAUCUUCCUCCUACAGCAAGAUGGACGGAGUGCACUUCAAGCUGCUCUAUCACGUGAGUAAUAUCGCAGGGAGGUUGAAGCCGACCGACACGGGAAGUCUGCUACCUGCCCUCAGCUACCUGUACUGCUGCCUGAGUCUGUCCCCAGCACACUGCACUGACAGAGCUGUCUCCGUGCUGCUCUCCAACAGUGGACUGAUGGACCAGCUGCAGAUGGUCUCCUCCUCCUCCUCCUCCUCUACUCCAUCCCUCUCUCCAUCAGCCUGUCCUCCUUCAGCCCUGCUGUGCUGCAGCCAUCUCCUCCUGUCCUCCCUCAUUACCUUGCAGCGCGUUCACUCUGCUCAGGUCCAAAAGAGCAUCAGCUGGAGUCUGGACACAGCUGUGCAGCGACUCCUUUUUCAGAAAAGAAACACGGACAAUCUCUUGCUGGUCAGCUACCUGAGGUUGCUACAAGCUCUCCUCGAUGCUGACCUGGCGUCAGCAGUGGUGCGUCUGACGACGGGUCCCGGCCUGGUGGGGCCCAGACCUCUGGGGGUCGAAGAUGGUGCUCUGUACCCGCUCGGCUCCGGAGGAGCCCAGUGCCUCUCGACUGCUCUCAGCGGACUUCUUUUGCAGAAGCACGAGCUGUUGCUGAGAGCCUCAGUCAACUGUCUGAGCUCCCUGCUGGGCUUCCUCCAGAGGAAGAGUCCCACUGCAGAGAAGUACGUGGCGUGUCAGCCGUGGAGUCGAUUCCUCGUCUACUGCCUGCUCAACUCAGGAGAGAGCUCCCGUCUGCACCCUGCCACUCUCAGCCUUAUCACUAUACUCCUGCAGCACGGCAGUACUUCAGUGCUGUGGGAGCCUGACCUGCUGCAGGUGAUGGAGGCGGUGGAGAGGAGGGGGCGGGAGGUGCUCGGUGAGGAAGCGGCUCAGUCCCUGAGGCUGCUCCUCUCACAGAUCCAGAGCAUCGUGCUGCAGCCGCCGCUCACAGAGGAGCAGAAGCAGAGAGCGAGGGCUGCGAUGGAGUCGCUCUGCUUGCAGACGCCAGGCAAGAGCUGCAGCCCCAGUCCGCCCGGCAACGUCCUGCGUGUUGGAGACGUGUCCAUCUGUCUGUCUGACUUCACAGUGAAAGCAGGCUCAUGUUCCGGCACACUGACAUUAUUAUAAUGGCUGAUAUUGUUACGCCAUCAUGUUGCCAAUUUCAUUGUUCACGUAUUGUUACACAUACGUUCACUGGAGACCUAGUGUGUUUUCCCGUUCCGCUCUUAAAGCAGCACACAUCUGACGCGUGUCUCAGUGAGAUCAUUCGCUGCAUGUAUUUUGAAAGUAUUUGAAGUUAUCAAAAGUUUGUAGUUUCGUGCAACGCCGUUA